AUGUGUUUACCAUAUAUGCCAAUAAGAGGGUGUGGAAAUGACGCAGGACAGAUCAACGAUCCAUUGGAUUGCCCACGAAGUAUUCCCACCAGAUUCGCUUAUAACGAAACAUUGGCUCGAAAAAUUCUCAUUUAUGUCAUUGGAGCAGUAAAUAGUAGAAACCCUGGCAAAUGCCUUAGAAAACUAAGGGAUACACAGAUAAUAAGACAUAUUAAAGGAAGGUGCACUCCUUUGGGAAACGAAUACUGUAGCAGUUUUGCAGCAGUAUCAGACACUUAUAGAGCAAUUAUUGUUGCAUUUGGCGCAACCGUUGGAAGAAUACAGAUGGGUCUUCAAAUAGUGGCAGCCUUGUCCAGAAAGGCAGUUAUGCCAGGUGGCGGUAAGGUAAAUAGAUUUUUUCACAGAAGUUUUAAGCAAAUGUGGAACGUAGGUUUAAAGGAGGAUUUAUUACUUGCGAAAAGAAUGAAGCCAAGCUACGAACUGUGGGUAUGUUUAUUAUUAUAUAAGCAUCAAGAAGGGGAAACUACUUUUCAGAUAACUGGUUACUCGUUGGGAGCAGCACAGGCAGCGAUUGCAGCUUUCUAUAUUAUUACGAAUAAAAUUUUUGAUGCACAAUCUGUAAAACUAAUUACUUUUGGAGAGCCACGAAUUGGAGACAGUAAAUUCGCUGAGACUUUUGAUAAUUUGGUGACAACAUUUAUUUUUACUCAUACUUAUUAA